UCUUAAAUGAAAAUGUAAUUUGCUUCCUUGUAAUUAGGAGAAAGUGGAAACAGCUGAGAUGGAAUCAAAAGUGGAUGUCCUCAAGAAGACCUUUUUAUCUGCAUUAAGCUCCAAAUAUGCAGAAAAACCAUGGAGUGAAACGUUUCAGCUGGUGCACAGAUGCAUGGAAAAAUCUAGAGCAGACAGCAGGCACUGUGAGCCAAUCAUUAGAUGCCUGCAGAAACUCCAGGAAGCUCAAAAUGUGACCUCUUUGAGUGCCAUGGUGACCAGACUGGAGAUGAUUGCCAAGGAGAGAGAACUGGGCUCCCACUUAAGUCCCACGGAGACCGUGUGCUAUCUGACAGCUGAUCUGUUCUAUGUGGAGGUGCUGCUGCUGCCUGGGGGAGAGGUCGAGGAUGUGAAACUCGCUCAGCAUGGAGAGGCUCCUGAGUCAAAUGCAUCACUUUGUCAGUUGCUAAGGAUGAAGAAGUUUAAGGAAUUCUCACUUAAGAUGGAUGACCUUGCUUCUCUCUACAACAUACCAGGAGACAAUCCUACCAAGGUAAAGUUGUACACAUCGCUUCAGCAUCUGCAGAAAGACCUCCUAAAAAUCUCAAAUUUACCAAGGCAUUUGAUAGAGAAUGAUGCUCAUGUUGAUAUGGUUCUGCAUGGAAGAAUUGGGCGUGUUAUACCCAACAAAGAAGGAAGCCCAAUGAGCAUUGAGUACUACAUCAGCCCUUCAGAUGCUCUGAUGGAGAGGUUUAAUCCAGGUGAGGGCAGCCGUAGCCAGACUGCUACGGUGGGGGUGUGCACCAGUGCCAGUCCACACAGGUUGCAGAUGGAAUCUCUGAUUCCCACACCACCUCAAGUGGACUCACUAGGGCUUCCUAUUUUCAUCCCGCUGUCCGAAACCUGCUCCGAGUUCCUCCCGGCCUUCUUCCAUCUCAAAAUCAAGCCACCAGUGCCCAUGCUCAGCACCUUCAUCCACAAGAUGAGCCAAAUAACUGACAUUCCUUCAGAUGCUAACCUGCAGGGGGAGCCACUUUUCCAGCUACUCCAGUCGACUACUUUUGAGGACAAGAGAGACUGUGAUCACUUUUUUGUGUCUCUGCCAGGUGCUGAGUUUCACAGCUAUUUGUUUGCUGAUGCCGAAUGGAAUUGUGACUCCUGGAAAGGAUCCCUAAUUCACACAGUUCAAUUCACCCUUCCUGCCCAUGUACCCGCCUUAUUGGACCUCCUCCGGUAUCAAUCUGCCAUCAACACUCUACUGCUGAGCUGCAUCACCGACCUUAAGCAGCAGCCCGAUUUGGUGUGUGACCUGAGCUGUGAAAUCUUCCCUCAGUCUAACUGCAGCUUUUCUGUAACCUUCAGCAUCCCAGACUGCGAGACACUGGCAGUUUUGUUUGUUUCUGUAGUGAAUUGUCGUCAGCUUCACUGCAGGCUUCUAAUGCCUGGUACAGUGGAUCACUCUCUAGAUGACUAUGUCUCCAGAGUCCUCACACGGUGCAUGUCCAUCCCCAUCACUUUAAGAGCUAUACGGAAGAGAAUAUCCAGUCUGAGGGCUCCAGCGCUGCCAAUUGAACUCAAGAAGGCUGAAAAUUCAAUCUCUGCACCAACACAUUGCACUGUGGAAAACACUCCAGCCAUCCUCCCUUCUGCCGUGCUCUCCCCAGAGCCCAUGGAGGAGGACGAGCUUCCCUCUAACCCUGCCCACUAUGUCAUGUCUGUAGCUGCCGCUCCGGCUGUUGAUGAUGCUAAUACAGAUGCGAUUGCUAACCGUUCCCCCUGUGUCUCUGUGGGUGUCCAUUCACACUGGGUGGCCAGCGGCUUUCCAUCUGAGAUGAUUUAGGAUAGUGGAAAGGGAUGAUCAUGGUGUGAUCGGAGAGAUAUACAGUAAAUGAUUUGCUUUUAAGGAAGUCAUUAAUAAAGAUAUUUUAAAAUGGAA